GUCUCGGAUGGCGUCGCCCCUUCUCUUCCGCCUGCUCCUCCCCCUCCUCUUCCUCUCGGUCUCAUCAGGUUCUUCGAGCACUUUACGACUCCAAUCCGAUGGCGCCUACAUCACCGCUGUCGUCUCCGAGAAAGGCCUCGCGUUUGCCAAGGACCUGCUCGUCGAGCGGGCGGUUGAGACUCUCACCUCGCUCCGCAUCCGCGACAUCGAGAAGUCCGUGGGGAUCCCGAUCGUGGGCGUGGUCCGUAUGGUCGCCUCCAACAUUACCCUGGAGGCCAUCCAUGUCUCCUCGUCGACGGUCCAGCCUGGGGAGUCCGGGAUCGUCAUCGUCGCCUCCGGCACCACGGCUAACUUGAGCAUGGAUUGGUUUUAUUCCUACACAACUUGGUUUGUCCCUUUCGAAAUCUCCGAUAAAGGGGGCGCGUUCAUUCAGGUUGAAGGCAUGGAAGUUGGAUUAACCAUGACCAUGGAGAAUAAAAAUGGGACACUGGAACUGUCUGUUACACAAUGUGGUUGUUACAUGAAAAAUUUUGUCAUAACCUUGAAUGGAGGAGCUUCUUGGUUCUACCAAGGGUUUCUAAAUGCUUUUGCAGAUCAGAUCAGAUCUGCUGUAGAGGAUGCAAUUGUGAAGAAGAUAAAUGAAGGGGUACUAAAGCUUGAUUCAUUGCUGAAAACUGUUCCAAACAAAAUUGAUGUGGACAAAGUUUCUGCUCUAAAUGUCACAUUUGUGAAUGACCCGACUUUCACAAAUUUUUCUGUUGAGUUUGAUAUUAAUGGCUUAUUCAUUUCACUGGACAAAACUUCUGCCCGUGGUUACUUUCAGAAGACAUCACAACUUUCACAUUCUUGUGAUGGGACACAAAAGAUGCUUUGGAUGUCAUUGGAUGAAUCUGUAUUUAACUCAGCAUCUGACGUCUAUUUCCAGGCAGGAGUGAUGCAUUGGGUUGUGGAAAAAAUACCUGAUCAGUCUUUUCUGAACACUGCUAGGUGGAAGUAUCUUAUUCCUCAAUUGUACAAAAAGUACCCUAAUGAUGACAUGCUGUUGAAUAUGUCAUUAACUUCUCCACCGGGCAUAUGGAUUACACCACAAAAAAUAGGGGCGACUAUUUCUUUAGACAUGACCAUUGAUGUCUUGGAUGGCAGUAAGACAAUUCCUGUUGCUUGCAUAUCAGUGGUAGUUAGCGUUUCAGGAGUUGUCGAGAUAUCAGGGAAUAAUCUAGCCGGUCAAGUUGAAUUAGAUGACUUCACCCUUACUCUGAAGUGGAGUGAUGUAGGCAACUUUCAUAUGUAUCUUAUCCAGGGAGUAAUGCGAGUUUUCCUGAACACAGUAUUCGUGCCAUAUGUGAACACGCAUCUCCGGAAAGGGUUUCCUCUGCCGAUUGUCCAUGGUUUCACCCUGCAACAUGCAGAUAUCCUUACUGCCAACUCCAUGAUGAUUGUAUGCUCUGAUGUAGCAUUCAACAAAACGACUGGUGUGAUCACUUCCUUGUAAUUUUCAAUCACACUCAAAGCGACCAUACAGAUUGAAGUGAAUCCUUUGUCUAUGUUCAGUACAAAUGUGUGCAGAUUGAAGUAGAAUCCUUUCUCUAUGUUCAGUACUAAUGUGUGAUUGUGAAAGCAUUUUAUAUCUUCAGCUUUUUCUUUUAUUUUGUACAGUAUUCUAUGUACACGAGCUCGAACAUUAUGCUAAAAAUACAUAUAUACAUGAAUUGGGUUUAUUUUUUU